CGACACCUUUAAGAAUUCGUUCGAUACUUUUCCUUUCUUACGCAUCACUGUUUCGACCCACAUAGCCUUAAACCUUCUUCAACCAAAAAAGCUACUAUUUUUUGCCCCAAUUUUCAAUUUCCUCAUCUGGGUCUCCUUCCUUUAUGACAGUUGCAUUAAUUACAUUUUAAAUUUCAGUUUUUUUUUAUCUUCUUCUUGUUUUUUAUCUUUCUUAUUUGGAGUUGAAGAGGUUUAUGUUCAGUUUCAGGACAAGAGAAUGAGCAUCAAGUUGAAUUUUUUGUUGUGUGUUUUGGUUUUGUUGUUGAAGUGUUGUUUGGGAAGGUUUUUGGUGGAGAAGAAUAGCUUGAAGAUCACUUCUCCAAAAUCAUUGAAGGGUACAUAUGAAUGUGCAAUUGGGAAUUUUGGGGUACCUCAAUAUGGAGGAACAUUGGUUGGUUCUGUUGUGUACCCAAAUGUGAAUCAGAAAGGAUGUGACAACUUCACUGAUGUCAAUGCUUCCUUUCAGUCUAAGCCUGGAGGUUUCCCCACCUUUCUUCUUGUUGAUCGUGGAGAUUGCUACUUCACUUUGAAGGCGUGGAAUGCACAAAAUGGUGGAGCAGCAGCUAUUCUUGUAGCUGAUAACAGAGAAGAAAUCCUGAUUACCAUGGACACUCCUGAAGAAGGGAAUGUUGCAAAAGAUGAUUACAUGGAAAAGAUCAAUAUUCCUUCUACUCUUAUCAGCAAAUCCUUAGGGGAUAGUAUCAAGAAGGCUCUCUCAAAUGGGGAGAUGGUUCGCAUAAAUCUUGAUUGGAGAGAGGCUCUUCCGCAUCCUGACGAUAGAGUUGAGUACGAAUUAUGGACAAAUAGCAACGAUGAAUGCGGACCAAAGUGUGACAGUCAAAUUAAUUUUGUGAAAAGCUUUAAAGGAGCAGCUCAGCUACUUGAGAAGAAAGGGUUCACACAAUUUUCUCCUCACUAUAUAACUUGGUAUUGCCCUAAGGAAUUUCUCUUAAGCCAACAGUGCAAGUCUCAGUGUAUAAACAACGGAAGAUACUGUGCUCCGGACCCUGAGCAAGAUUUCAGUAAAGGGUAUGAUGGAAAAGAUGUUGUUGUUCAGAACUUACGCCAAGCUUGCUUUUUUAAAGUUGCAAAUGAAAGUGGAAAGCCUUGGCAAUGGUGGGACUAUGUGACAGACUUUUCAAUCCGUUGCCCCAUGAAAGAGAACAAAUACACAGAAGAAUGCUCAGAUCAAGUUAUUAAAUCCCUUGGUGUCGAUCUGAAGAAGAUUAAAGACUGUGUUGGAGAUCCUCAUGCAGAUGUUGAUAACCCUGUCCUCAAAGCCGAACAGGAUGCACAGAUUGGCAAAGGUUCUCGUGGUGAUGUUACUAUACUGCCUACUCUUAUUAUAAACAACAGACAGUAUAGAGGUAAGUUGUCAAAACCAGCCGUUCUCAAGGCAAUCUGUGCAGGUUUCCUAGAAACAACCGAACCGUCAAUUUGUUUAACUCCAGACAUGGAAACAAACGAGUGUUUGGAAAACAAUGGCGGUUGUUGGCGGGAUAAAUCUUCCAACAUUACUGCAUGCAGGGACACUUUCCGAGGAAGAGUAUGUGAAUGUCCUAUUGUAAAAAAUGUAAAGUUUGUUGGCGAUGGAUAUAGUCACUGUGAAGCCUCAGGAACCUUAAGUUGUGAAUUCAACAAUGGAGGUUGUUGGAAAUUAGCCCGGGGUGGGAAGCUUCAUUCUGCUUGCCAUGAUGACUAUAGAAAAGGUUGCGAGUGUCCGCCAGGGUUGAGAGGUGAUGGAGUCUUGUCAUGUGAAGAUAUUGACGAGUGCAAAGAAAAGCUGGCUUGCCAGUGUCCAGAAUGCAAAUGCAAAAAUACUUUUGGAAGUUAUGAGUGCAAAUGCGGUAGCGGUUUGCUAUACUCACGAGAAAAUGACACAUGCAUUGGUAAAUAUACUUCUUCAGUGGUGAAUAUUUGGAUGAUUAUCCUUGUCUUGGUUGUUACCCUUUCUGGAGGAUAUGCAUUCUACAAGUACAGAAUCCAGAGAUAUAUGGACUCAGAGAUACGUUCGAUUAUGGCUCAAUACAUGCCCUUGGAUAAUCAACCUGAAAUCUCUAAUCAAGUUCAUCACGAUAUCUAGAAGAUCUUGGUGAUCUUUACCUGAGUAGAAUACUAGUCUGUAACUUAGAAUGUUAGCCAGCAUGCAAUUUGUUUCUUUAGGUAAUUUACCUUUUGUAAAGAUCAAUAAUGUGGUUGUGAAAUUAUCCUGAUUUUUUUCUUUUAUAUGGUAUUUAAGAAUACCUAUAUGAAAUUUGUCCUUUCACCUCCUGA